AUGAUGAGGUGCAGAAAAGUUCUCAGUACAACCCAUUUUGCCAAAUUGAUCAAAUAUAGUAUUUCUUUAUCUUUUCCUUGUCUUUUUUCUUUGUUUUAUCUUUUCUUUGUCUUUUUUCUUUGUUUUAUCUUUUCCUUGUCUUUUUUCUUUGUUUUAUCUUUUCUUUGUCUUUUUUCUUUGUUUUAUCUUUUUUCAUCUUUUUUCUUUGUUUUGUCUUUUUUUUUCUUUGUUUUGUCUUUUUUCGUCUUUUUUCUUUGUUUUGUCUUUUUUCGUCUUUUUUCUUUGUUUUGUCUUUUUUCGUCUUUUUUCUUUGUUUUGUCUUUUUUCGUCUUUUUUCUUUGUUUUGUCUUUUUUCGUCUUUUUUUGUCUUGUUUUGUCUUUUUUUUCUUUUUUGUUUUGUUUUUUUUUUUUUUUUUUCUUUUUUUUUUUUCUUUUUUUGUUUUUUUUUUUUCGUCUUUUUUUGUCUUUUUUCGUCUUUUUUUGUCUUGUUUUGUCUUUUUUCUUUGUUUUUUUCUUUGUUUUGUCUUUUUUCUUUGUUUUGUCUUUGUUUUGUCUUUUUUCUUUGUUUUGUCUUUUUUGUCUUUGUUUUGUCUUUUUUUCUUUGUUUUAUCUCUUUGUUUUGUCUUUUUUUGUCUUUUUUUUCUUUGUUUUGUCUUUUUUGUCUUUGUUUUGUCUUUUUUUCUUUGUUUUAUCUCUUUGUUUUGUCUUUUUUCUUUGUCUUUUUUCUUUGUUUUGUCUUUGUCUUUUUUCUUUGUUUUAACUUUUCUUUGUCUUGUCUCUUUGUCUUUGUCCCUUUUUUGUCUCUUAGCCUUUUCUUUGACUCUGUCUUUGUGUCUAUUUCUUGUCUUUUUCUUUUUCUUGUCUCUGUCUCUUUUGUCUUUGUUUUUGCUUCUUUUUUGUCUGUCUUUUCCUGUUUCUUUGCUUUGUCUAUAUCUUUGUCUUUUCAUUGUGUUUUUAAGAAGCUUUUGUCAAGCCAAUAACUUUUCAGCACUCUCUUAUAUUUAUACAUGUAUCUCUAUCUAUCAAUUUAUUAAAUGUACUUAA